AGGCUGCCAAAGGAGAAGAGGCCUGAGCCCCAGGGCAGGCACCAGCCAGCCAUGGCUGCAGCAGAGACCGCCUUGCCCUCCAUCAGCACGCUGACCACCCUGGGCCCCUUCUCGGACACACAGGAAGACUUCCUCAAGUGGUGGCGCUCUGAAGAGGUGCAGGACUUGGGCCCAGGUCCCCCCGACCCCACCGGGCCACCCCUCCAUGUGAGGCCGGAGUUGGAAGACGCACCCAAGGAGAACGAAGAUGAUGAGAGGGACGUGGCUACCCCCUGGGACCUGGAUCUCCUCCUCACCAACUUCCAGUGCCCAGAGCUGGGCAGCACAUCCCAGACCUGCGCGCCCCAAACUUGCACCCUGGCUCCUGGCGAGGGCCCUGGGGCGCAAUUCCCAACGCCGCCCGAUGUUCUGGGCACUUAUGCAGGCGGCCCAGGGUUGGUGGCUGGGAUCUUGGGUGCCGAAGAGCACCCGGGCUGGGCGCGCCCAACCCCACGAACCCCGGCUCCCGACGCCUACGUGGGCCCAGCCCUGAUCCCAGCCCCCGAGCCAAAGGCGCUGCCGCUGCAGCCGAUGUACCCGGGGCCAGGUGCGGGUUCCUCCGGUAGCUACUUCCCGCGGACCGGGCUUCCAGUGCAGGCAGCCCCGGGCGCCCCCUAUGGGCUGCUGUCCGGGUACCCAGGGCUGUACGCAAUGCCGCAGUACCAAGGGCACUUCCAGCUCUUCCGUGGGCUCCCGGCCCCGGCGCCCGGCCCCGCUACGCCUCACUCCUUCCUGAGUUGUCUAGGACCCGGGACGGCAGGUGCAGGACUCGGGGGGACCACAGGAGACUCAGGAGGAACCGCAGAGGCUGCGCCAUCCAAGCGCAGCCGGCGAUCUUGGGCACGCAAGAGGCAGGCGGCCCACACGUGUACGCACCCCGGCUGCGGCAAGAGCUACACUAAGAGCUCGCACCUGAAGGCACAUCUACGCACGCACACCGGGGAGAAGCCAUACGCCUGCACGUGGGAUGGCUGUGGCUGGAGGUUCGCGCGCUCUGAUGAGCUGACCCGUCACUACCGAAAACACACCGGACAGCGCCCCUUCCGCUGCCAGCUCUGCCCGCGAGCUUUUUCCCGCUCCGAUCACCUGGCCUUGCAUAUGAAGCGUCAUCUUUGAGCCCAGCGCUGGCACUUGGACCUUCCCCAGGGACUGGGGUUGGAACCCGAAUGGAUCCACACAGGGUGGUUUUCCCUCAGAUGAACCCUUGUCAGGACUCUUGGCCCCACAGAUCCACCAUAAGAUCAAGGACUGGCCCAUAGAGAGACCUGAGGGAGCCUCCAGUGAAAGCUCCCACAUGUCCUUGACCACAGGGAGCCACACAGUGACACACAGUCACAUAGACCCGGCAAGAUAGACCUCCAAAUAAAUGGACUCGGGUGGACACUUAAACACUUCUGACAAAGAGACAGACCCUCAGAGAGCUGGACCAUCAGACCAGUUCAUAGGUGGCCCUAGAAAGCUGAAGGGGUUGUGGGAUGAGGCUUGUCAGAGACCCUGGUUCUAGAAGACUUCACACUGUGACUCCUGAAGCUCCACAUAGUGGCUGGCAUCUGCUGUGAAUGGUUAUGGGUCCUGUAAAAAUGCCCCUCCCAGAUAAA